UAGUGGCUGCUAGCAGCGGGGCAUAGAGGGGGCAGCGAGACAGCCGCCAACCGCCCGGAACACCCGCAGGAGGCUAGUGCCCGAUAUCCCGCACCCGGAAAGCCGCACAGGCCGUAGCGUUUGCAAAAGUGGCGCUCAGUUACCCGGAAGUAAAGAUGGCCUCUCCGUCGGCAUCUAAAGUUGUGCUAAAGAGCACCACCAAGCUGUCGCUGAACGAGCGCUUUACUAACAUGCUGAAGAACAAACAGCCGAUGCCAGUGAAUAUCCGCGCCACGAUGCAGCAGCAGCACCUGGCCAGCGCCAGGAACAGAAGACUGGCACAGCAGAUGGAGAACCGUCCGUCCGUUCAAGCCGCUCUGAAGCUGAAACAGAGCUUAAAACAGCGACUUGGUAAGAGCAACAUCCAGGCACGGUUAGGAAGACCCAUGGGAGGGAUUCAGCGCGGCCCUAUGGGAAUGAGAGGAGUUGGAAUGGGAAUGCGGGGAUCACAGAGGGGAAUGAUGCGGAUUGGCCGUGGUGGCCGAGGAAUGCAGCGAGGCGCUAUGGUGAUGCGAGGCCAAAACCUCAGAGGGCGUGGCGGUGUCCCUAGGAUGGGACUGAGGAGAGGAGGAAUGCGUGGCCGCGGAGGUCCCGGACGAGGACUGAUGAGAGGAGUAAUGGGCCGUGGAGGCAUGGGAGGCAGAGGCCGCGGAGGCAUGAUGAUCCGAGGAAGAGGAGGUUUUGGCCGUGGGCGAGGACGGGGUAGAGGACGGGGGGCUGUGCGCCCCACCCUAACACGGGAACAGCUAGACAACCAACUGGACGCCUACAUGUCUAAAACGAAGGGCCACCUCGACGCAGAGCUGGAUGCCUAUAUGGCCCAAGCCGACCCAGAGGCUAAUGACUGAUUUCAAUAAAGCUCUUAUGUAAAGAACCUAAUUCUACCAGCGUCUGCCUGUGCGGAGACACAACGGCUGGGCACCGGCCCGUCGCCUCUUUUUACAGUUCCUUUUUACGUUGUUUUUGAUACUUGGAACUUUUUAUUUGGAUCUUUUUUUUUUUUUUCAAGGUUAUUUUACUGUUGAAUGUAUGGAGACACGCGCCCUGUCCACCGUUCCUCCAGCGAGUGGUCUCCCCAGGACGGCUGCGGAGACCGUUUCUUCCUGCGGAUGUUACUGCCAAAUGGGUCACAGGUCUCCUGUGUACCUGAACCUGUUUUUAGUGGGAGCUUAGCCAAUGCAAGUUCUAAAUCUGAGGCUCACAGGCGCCUCCCUCAUACACCCACCUCCCCAAAGACUGGCUAUGAGGUGUGCCUCCGUGAAGAAAGCCGUACCUAGAAUACAGUCUGUCUGCAGGCGAAUCACCUGCGUUUUGUGUUUAGAACUGUUAAACAAUCAUUAAACGCGUUGAGUAAA